GGCUAUUUAUCGCUCUCGUCGUAGUACCAAUCUUUAGUGACGCCCUGUAUAUCUAAGUGUGACUAAAUAGACAUUAAUCACCAUUAAUAAGCAGCCUGUAUUCUAGCCAAUGCGUACAACUCAUUUCGGCUGCUUCGGCGUGCCCUUUUUAUAGAGCUUGGUCCAUUGUAAUUCACUUCAGAUCCAAAGGAAGAAAGAAAAGAAUGGAGUUUUUAGGGAUUGAUUUCAGCUGCGCAAUUGGGGCUCUCAGAGACGGUAAAUUCCCUCAGAAAGAUUGCUUGCUUCCUCUCAUCUCAAAGCUUCUUGGCUACUCCAUCGUUGCUGCUUCCACCACCGUCAAAGUCCCUCAGAUAUUGAAAAUCUUGAAGCACAGGAGUGUCAGAGGGCUUAGUGUUUUGGGGUUUGAGCUUGAAGUUGUAGGCUAUACUAUAGCUCUUGCAUAUUGUCUUCACAAAGGACUUCCCUUUUCAGCAUAUGGGGAAUUGUCCUUUCUUUUGAUCCAAGCUAUAAUUUUAGUUGCUAUCAUCUACUACUUCUCCCAACCUGUCCCUACAGUGACAUGGAUCAGACCGUUACUAUAUUGUGCAGUAGCACCUACUGUUUUAGGUGGUCAAAUUGAUCCUGUUCUGUUCGAAGCUCUCUAUGCAUCCCAGCAUGCAAUCUUUCUCUUUGCCAGGAUUCCACAAAUAUGGACAAAUUUUUCUAAUAAAAGCACUGGGGAGCUUAGCUUCUUAACAUGUCUAAUGAAUUUCGCAGGUUCAAUGGUGAGAGUUUUUACCAGCAUGCAAGAAAAAGCACCAACAAGUGUGAUUUUGGGUUCUGUUAUCGGAGUCACCGCCCAUGGUACCAUUCUUAGUCAAAUUAUUUUGUACCAAAAUCAAGUAGCGAAGAAGGAGAAGAAAGAAAAGUGAAAAGAUACCAGUUCAUGGCAAAGCUUUUGCUUCAAUUAAAGGUUUUUGGAGGCCUUAAAUGCUUUAACCUUAAGGAAAUGUGUCAUCAUCUUCUGUAAGGUAGGAAUACAAAAGUAGUAGUGAAUUCACAUCUUUAUUACUGUUGUAAGUGGGAUAUUUUACACCAAUCAGGAACGCAUAAACAAGACAAGAGUUAUAAUUAAUUUGACAGUCUUGAAGAACGUAUACGCCAUGUAGAUGCUGUAGUAUGUAUUUCAUUCCAUUCAGUUUGUGACUGUUGCAUACAUGUCUUUAGGCUUCACCUGAGCUUGCAUUUUGUAUACCUCUUGAUCUUUUAUAUUUAAUUAAACAAUGAUUUUAAUUUA